CUCACACGAAUUAAAGCUAACCAAACAACACGAAUAAAACCGAACGAAGCCGCCAUAUUGGCGAUUGGCUGUAGAAAAUACUUUUUUGCAUAGAAGACACACACACAGUAUUUUUUCACAGAGUUACAGGGGCAGAAAAGAAAUUUGUGGAAAAAUUAUAAAUUUGUUUAAAUUCACAAUACAAAUAUAAUUUUAAUUAAUAAAUUUAACUGAAAUUUUAUGAAAAAUGUCAACAAUGAAAGAAAACAGUGUUGCGUGUUGGUGAAGAAAGAAAAUAUAGAAGAAAAAAAAACAAAAAACGGGAUUUUUUCCAUUUGACAACCAAAAGAAAAAAUAAAUUACAACAAAAAAUAAUAGACAUUUUUUUGACAAAAGUGUGUGUAUAUAUAGAGAAAUUAUAAAAUAUUUUUUUUAAUAAUUUUUAAAGAAAAAGUUACAACUUCUGCAAGGCUUAUAUAAAUAGACGCGUUAGUACUUACCACAAUGGAGUCCACAGGAGGCAGCUCCGGCUCUACAAUGACGGCGGCGGCUGCCAUGCCAUCACCGUCAGUUGUGGCCGAUAGUAGUAGAGUUUUUUGUUCUUCUUUAUUUAAAGCUACGAACUAUGAAUUUGAUCCCAGUAUUAAGGAAGAGGAGAGACGCUUUUAUUUAAAAGCCUAUCCGACGGUAGACGUUGUACGAGAACGCAAGACCCACUGUACCGUGUGUAAAGUACAUAUUGGAACAGCACCGGUCCAGGAGCAUGGCAUUAAAAUGCAUCCAAUAUUACGUGUGACUCACUGCAAUAAAUGUCAUGACUUUUACAAUAGCGGUGAAUUCAGCAAAGGUGAAGAUGGUUCGGAAUUGUAUUGCCGUUGGUGCGGACAAGGUGGUGAAGUAUACUGUUGCUCCAGUUGCCCGUAUGUCUUUUGUAAAUCUUGCAUUGUCAAGAACUUAUCAAGGGGUGUGGUGGCUGACAUUGAACAAAAUGAAAAUUGGAAUUGUUUCAGUUGUGCCCCGAAAAUAUUGUGGCCAUUGAGGGCACAACAUUGGGCUCUCAUGAAUUAUAUAGAGCAACAGAAAAAAGAAAUAUAUGCUCUUAAUCUAAGUGAAGCCGAAUUGAAAGUCAAUUUAAGUAAAGACCGCAGUAGGUGUUGUCGUUUAGCAAAAUCUAAAUGUGGCAACAUGUCCGAUUCUAUGGAAAGCUUGGACUCGUUGGCUUCAAAGCGUAGCCAUGGCAGCGCCACCAAGAAACCCAUCAAACAUUCAGCAACACCGUCGCCGCAGCAAAUUAAUGCGGCCAAACGUGCAAAAACCAACGAUGAAGUGGUCUGCACACCUGAUUUACUCAGCAUGUUAGAACCAGAUUGUCAAAUAACCGUAUCGCCGAAACCCAACAGGCCAAUGACAACACCUUCGGCUUCAACACCGAAAAUCAUGUCCAUACAGCAGCCACAAGCCGGUUAUGGUUCAAUGUCUUCAACACCCAAAUCUUCUGCACCACCGCCAUUAGUUUUACGUAACACCGCUAUUAAGUUAAGGCCAGCUGCUCCUCCACCAGUUGUCAGACGCACAAUUAUAGGACCCCGCACUCCCAAUCCGGGAGGCAAUGGCACUCCAGUCUAUCACACUAUCAAUGGCUAUCGCAUUGACUUGAAUUCUGCAGCCCAGCAAGAAACCUUCCGUUUACCAAAUGGUAAACUUAUACAAGUUAAACGACAAGGUCCACCCACACCACAAAAUGCUUCGCCGUCAGCUAAUAAUUGGCAGCGCAUGAGUAGUCCUCAACCACAAAGAGUUAUACCACAAACUAUAGCCUCUCGGCCCGUGCAAAUUACACAGCAUCCCUACAAUAUCAGUGUACAGCACCACCCUCAAGUGUUGCGUUAUAAUAGCAGUAUGAUUGGUUCCACAACCAUUAAUCCGGUCAAUCAUAAUGGCACAACUAUACAAGUUUUAAAUGGUCAAAUGACUUCGCAAUCCCAACCGCAACAACAACAGCAACAACAGGUGCAACAAUCUGGUCCCGUACGCCCCGUAAUGGUACGUCAUGUCUUUCCCGACAAUCCCAUUGGUCAGGCCCGUAACGGCUUGCAAGAUCAAGUCUUUAAUGCCAUGGAAAUUUGUACACAUCUUACAAACAAGGUUCAAACUCUUACCAAUUCGAAUGCUUACAAACAAGCCCGUAACUUUUUGGAAGUCAAAGAACUUUAUAUACAUCUGUCAUAUCUGUUGACAUACGCCAUUGGACGUUUCAAGAGUUUGCAAGAUAAAUGUCUGGGUGAUAUGCGCACGCUUGGUUUCGGCAACGAUGCUGAUUGUUUGGAAAAUGGCCAAUUGGCAGCUGAUAAACAAGCCAGUGAUGAUGAAGAUAAUGAAAUUGAAAUUGUUGAACCUAAAACGGAUUUGAUUACUUUGGAUUCGGAUGACGAUGAGCCACCUGCAUCUACGCCCAUUAAAACCCAACAUCCAAUUGCACAAAUUAAAACACAACUAAAGGCUUACUCAAGUCCACAGCACAGUGUUGAUGUCAAAAUUAAACCCAGGCUAUCGCCAGCUUCAAUAGCACAGGCAUAUAAACCGGUCGUUGCCAAGUCAUCGGGUUCAUUGCAUAAUACAUCUCAAGCGGACGAUGAUAACAUGGAUCUAAUGUCAAUGGCUCAAAGUUUUUUGGCCAGUAUGUUGGAAGUUGACAUACAUGAAGGUCCCUUAAAUUCACCUGGUUCAGAUUCAUCGGCUCAGAAAAAGCAGCCACGUAAAAAGCUGACCAACAAACCGAAUCCCACAUUACUAAAGCAAAAAGCUUUAAUGGAACUUGAACGGCUGGAGGAAAUGAAGCGUAAUGAUCAAAAGCUUAAAAUGAAAUGUGCCGUUGAAUUGAAAAAAGCUGAAGAAGUGUAUCCGUAUGCAAAGGAAAUGCUGGAGGCCAAGGCUAAAGAGAGACAGGAAUACGAGGAAGCCAAGAAUAAUAAACUGAAGCAACAACAAGAUAAAAAGUUAACUGAUGAAACGGAAAAUGUAACUGCAGAAGUGAUUAUGGACGAUGACGCCAUGAAUAGUUCUACAGAGGAGACUAAUAAAACUGAAACUAAAGACACAAUCAAAACCAACACAACAACAAUAGAAAAAAAAGAAGCCACUGAGGCAUCUGUAGAAAUUACAGAAAAAAAUAAUGAUAAAACCGAAGAUGAGGAAGAAAAUAUUGCAGAGAAAGAAACCUCUAUGGAAACUUCUGAAAAGGAAACAUGUGAAGAAAUUCAAGACAAGUCUACAGAAAAUAUUGCAGAUAAUGAAAUACCUACGGAAACUACUGAAAAGGAAACAUCUGUUGAAAUUCAACAAGAGAUUAAAGACAAGUCUGAAGAAAAUAUUGCAGAGAAUGAUAUAUCUACUGAAAAGGAAACAUCUGUAGAAAUUAUAGAUAAUAUUGAAGACACAACUACAGAAGAUAUUCUUCAAAAAGAUGAAGAAGAGCCUCAAGAUCUUGAAGAUAAAAAAGCGGAAGUAAAAUCAAAUGAUCAUGCAGAUGAUGAUAAAAAAGAAAAUAAAAAUACAAUAGCAACAGGUGCAAUUUCAAAAACCAUUGAAAACUCUAAGAACGAUGAUACUGAGAAAAACAAAGCAAAUGGUGUUACAAAUGAAGAUAAAAUACAAGAGGAUAUGGAAAUUGACGAACAGCCACCAGGAACACCCACGCAAGAUGAAUCUAUGGACAAUGAUGAGGAUGAGAAAGCACAAGCAUCUGCAGAAACAAGCUUAACUACAGAUGACAUGGAAACAAAUAACACCAAACCAGAUGAAAAAUUAGACAUAGAUCAAGAUAAAGAAAAAGUCCUACCGCCACAAGAGAACAAUGAUAAUGAUAAAAAUAUAGACAAAGAAAAUGAAAAUGUCGUUCCACAAAAAGAAGCUAAUGAAGAGGAUGAAAAUAUGAAUGAAUCUGUGGAGGCUGGAAAUGAAAACCAACUGAGUUCCCCAACAAAGGAAACAUUAACAAGUCCUAAAAAGUGUGAAGUCGAAGAACCCUCAACUAAACCAACAACAACAACAUCAACCGAAAUAGAAAGUGAUAAAGAUAAAGAUACCGUAAAAGAUCUUGCAAACACAGAAGAAACAAUUAAAACAUCUCCUUCUGCAGCGGAAGAUAUUCCAAGUAAAAAACAAACAAUUGAAACACCUGCAACAGAAAUCGAAGCAACCACAACAUCUAGCAAUGGCAAUAUUUAAUAGUUUUAAUUCUUAAUUAAUAUUUAAAAUAUAAUAACUUGAAUUAUAUUAUAUCAUCUACUUACUCAAACAUACAUUAAAUGUAUACAUUUUAAUUAUAUUUUAUAAAUUAUAAGAUCAAUAUAAUACCUAUUAACUAACAUACACGUUAAAUGUUCUUCUAUAAAUAUCAACAACAAAAAAAAAUCAUUUUCAUGACUUGUAGUCUAAGUGCUUUAAAUUUUUAAAUUUUCGGAAAUUAUCUUAUAAUAAUUAUUAUUAUUUAAUUUUAAAGACGGCAGUUUUUUUUUCGUCAAUGCGUUUUUUUUAUUAAUUGCAUUCAUUUUUAAUUUAUACAUUUCUUUGAGUUAAUUAUAUUAUGUUUAUUGUAAAUAUAUUUUCUUCAUUAAUUUUGAUUUUGAAAUUUUAGCUAUAUCUAGCUAUUUGAAUACAUUCAUCCUUUUAAUUCAUAUUACUGAGAAUAUAAAUAAAUUUUAAUUUUAAUAUUUGAAAAAAUAGAAA